ACACCCACUUCCGUUUAAGGUGACGUGUUUCCUAUAUGUCUAUAACGUCUACUCUUGAACAUCCUCAAGUUUAUGAGACAUUGAGGCUCGAUGCGAGAUUAUUAUUUGAUUUUUGAUCAGUUGAUUGGACGUCCAUUAUGUCGAGUCGUGCUCUGCGUAGGCUGAAGGGCGAGCAGCGCGCUCAGGCCGCUUUACACGCACUCAAACUAACUGAUGAAGAUGACAAAGAUGAAGACGAGCAGAUGAAGAGAAACACACAAACAGCCCAUAAGCAGAAGAAAAUCAGCAACAUAUUUGAGCUGGUAACAUCUGGCAUGUGUGACUGUCUUGGUGCAGAGAUAGGUGAGGCUGAUGUGGAUGUAUGUCCGUCAGAUGAGGAGCCGGCAGAGGGAAUCAAUGAAAGACAACAAGGAGCUCCACUGGAGAAAGAUGCCGUGAAGUAUGAGAAGUCAAACAAAAAAAAGAAGAAGAAAAAGGCACCAGCUGAUGGAAAGGACAAUUUGGGUGCGGGAGAUAAUAUUGAUGCUAUUUUAGAGACCCUGGAUAGGAGCAAAGGCCUGUCGCAUCGAAGCACAGACAACAGCGCCUCCGAACACAGGCCUGUGUUGUACGUGGAACACAGGAAUCUGAAUCCAGAGACAGAGUUGAAGAGGUAUUUUGGAGCGCGGGCUGUUCUGGGAGACCAGAGAUCGAAACAGAGACAUAGGCAGUUUCAUCGGUGCACUUGGAUGACUGUUUAUAAAGACACAUGGCCCCGCUUCAGUCGACCAGGUAUCUCAAUGAGUCUAGUGGAGUCUAAAGAUGGCAUUCAACACUUCACCUUUGAACAUAAUCGUGACUAUCAGCAAGUCCAGUUCAAGUUUUUUGAUGCGGUUGAGUCAGUGGACCCCAACAACAUUGUGGUUCUCCUGCAACUUAAUCCAUAUCAUAUUGAUUCACUCCUGCAGCUAUCAGAUGUAUGUCGCAUGCAGGAAGAUCAAGAGACAGCCAGAGAUCUCAUCGAAAGGGCUUUAUAUAGUUUUGAGUGUUCAUUCCACCCUGUGUUCAGCCUGACGUCAGGCAUGUGUCGACUGGACUUUCGUAGACCAGAGAACAGGGCUUUUUAUUUGGUGCUGUUCAAGCAUGUAAUAUUUCUGGAGAAGAGAGGUUGUCCCCGCACAGCCCUAGAGUACUGCAAACUGAUUUUGAGAUUUGUUAAUUAUGCUUCCAGUCUAGAUCCAGACAAUGACCCUCUCUGCAUGCUGCUGCUCUUUGACUUCCUGUGCCUGCGCUGUCGCGAGUACACCACCCUCAUCCGUCUCUAUGAAGAAUGGGAGGUCCAUCGAAAUCUGUCCCAGCUGCCAAACUUUUCCUUUUCCGUGGCUCUUUCCUACUAUCAGCUGAGCCAACAAGAAGACAUUUCACCUGUGGAGAACCAACAACUAAAGGAGAAAUCCAAUGUGCUCCUGCAGAACGCUCUAAUCAUGUUUCCUGGUGUACUGAUGCCCCUUUUGGACUUAUGCACAGUUCAGCCUGAUGCUGCAGUGUCUUCUCAUGCAUUCUUUGGACCUUCAAUCCAAACUGGGCAGCCUCCUGCACUCUCAGAGUUAGUGUCCCUGUAUGUGGGCCGCUGUCACAGCCUGUGGAAAGAGGCCGGACAGAUGCUCUGGUUGGAGGAGAAUGUCAGAAAAGUGCUAAACAGGGUCGACAAACACGACCCUUAUGUGGAGGACUGCCAAAACAAGAGAAAGCAAAGAUACCAGAGUGCUCCCAGGAACAUCCAUAGACAUGUGCUGAUGUCUGAGAUCAAGGCAGCAACAGCUACUCUUCCUCUAGAAGUGACCACACAGCCAGGAAUGGGUUUUGACCCUCUCCCUCCUAUGGACUCCAUUGUGUCUUACACCAGACCAGAAAGGCAGAACAUGGGGGCCUCAAAUGAAAGCACAUUAUCUUUGUUUUUCCGUUCACUGCUACCAAACUUCAACCUGCAGAGGCCUGAAGACAGACAGGAAGUUGCCCGUGCCGGCCAUGAAUUGAACCAGGAAGUGAAUAGACUCAUGGUGGCCAUGAGGGACAUGUUGGCUAACAUCCAGUUUCGUGAACCUCAGUGGGAGGACAACCACGACAGAGACGAGGAGGAAUGGGACUGACAGAUCAACAAGGGCAUGAUUUUCAAAAAAAAAAAAAAAAAAGUGAAGCUGAAGAAUUAAAGAGGAACUGUUAUAUUCUGCUUGCCCUAUAUAUUAAAAGAUCCAAUUUAUUCAUACUACUUGACUAGUUCUUAAUUGUUCCACAUCUCUUCUUUUAUUAUAUGAAAAGUCAGAUGUUUUCAUUAAGCCAUGACUUGAGAUGCUUGUUUUUUAAUGAAUAUUAUGGCUGGUAUUUUCCAGCUUGAAAGUGUAAUUUCUGAGCACCCACUAUGAAGUGGAGCUACCUUGUUUAGUACACCAUGACAAUCAGCAGGAAACAUUAGUAAAACAACUGAAUUUACUAAAUUAAAUUAUGAUCAAAAUUGUUUUAGUAAUUGCAGUAAUACUGUUUUAACAAUGGCAAAAUUAAAUGUAUCUGAGUUUCAUGAUUGGUGAAGGGCUUGGGUAUAUCCUGUGUGAGGAUGAGGUACACGUUGUAAUUUUAAAGGUUGAUCAUCUUGAGAAAUAAGUGCAUUUCUAUAGGCAAACAUGACAGCUUCAACUACAGCAGGUCAGAUUUUCAGAAGAUCUCACACACACCUCACACCCAACAAUGAUAACUGAUCUACAAAGCCAAGGGUAUGUAAUAUAGUCAUAUUAUGUAUUUUGAAAUAAAUGAGCACAAAUGAAAGAG